UUAGUAGAGACUGCAGAGAGAGAGAGAGAGAAGGGGGAUUGAGGGGAGAGAGUGGUGGGGAGACACGGCAGCUGUAGGGGGCAAAGAUGUGAGGAGAAUAAGGGAUGAGUGCAAGAAAGGUAGAGGGAAUAAAUCAGUAAAUGGGUAGAAAACUAAAGAAGUAAAACUAAAAAAAGGGAAAAAAAGAAACAAAGAGGUAAAGAAUAUAUAUGCAGACUUAGUGCUGUAAGGAUAAGUGAGCAGCAGCUUAGGGUGCAGCAGUGCCAGCUUGGGUUCCUUAUCUCUUGCCAUGGCUAGCACACAGCAGUAUUACCGAAGUGAGAGCAGCGAGUCUGCCACUACUAUGCUGCGGGUAGGGGACAGGGAGGAGAGCAGCUCAGGGACUGGAGAGAAGAAUCGGCCCAGAAGAGAGUGCAACCCCAUGUUGCUGGCAGUGGCUGUCACCUUUAUCCUUGCUCUGCAGGUGGCCUGUACCACUGGAUUGUUUGUAUACUUCAGUAUGUCCAUCUCCAAGCUAAAAGCUCAAACCCAGGGAACAUCUGAGGAAUUACGUUGCCUUCAGAUUAUCAACAGUAUGGGGGAUAUGUCUGACCCUGUGGAAUCUGACUUGGAUGGCUUGAUACUUAAUGAAUCAUGUCAGAAGUUGACCAGCAGUAUCAAGUCAUACGUAACUCAGGUAACAGAAAACAUUAUAUCAAUGACAGCAGCAAGAGAAGCCUCUAGGAGUAUCAUGAACAGAUCAGAAACAGUGUCACUCAGAGGGAACAACAUCAAGUCAUCUGCUCAUCUCACACUCCACAGAAGUGCCACUAAUGGCGAAGUGAGACUGGGAAAUGAGAAUUUUGGGACUCCUUCCCAGUCUUGCCGUUUCCCCAUUACCAACUGGGAUUUUGAGAACCCUUUGUCCCACAAACAAAACAUGAGCUAUCAAAAUGGCAAACUCAAAAUUCAGCAAGAUGGAAAAUACUAUGUUUAUUCUCAGAUUUACUUUCGAUUCCUUAAGAACAAGGCGGAAAGUGCCCCCCCUACAUCUGGCCAUCAACUGGUACAGUGCAUGAACAAGAAGACAUCAUACAUAAACCCUAUUUUGCUUCUGAAAGGGGUAGGUACCAAGUGUUGGGCACCCAAUGCUGAAUAUGGGCUCCACUCUGUCCACCUUGGGGGAGUUUUUGAGCUGAGAACUGGAGAUGAGCUGUUUGUCUCUGUCUCUUCCUUAGACAUGAUUCAUACUGAUGGGACAGCUAGCUACUUUGGCGCUUUCCGACUAGAUAUGUGAAAAAUCUCAAUUUUGUUUUUGUAAUUUCAAGCUUUGCAUCUAUACAUGGACACCUGAGUACUGUAAAAGCUAGAUUACAAGUGUGGCGCAAAGUAUUUUGCACUAGCGCAAUCGCGAUUUUACGAUCCAUUUUUCUCCCACUGAUAUUACAAGUCGCAAUCGCCUUUUCAGCUUUAAGUUUGUGCUUCUUAGGCUACCGCUAUUUUCAACUUGUAACACGAGCGGAAACCGAGAAGCACAAAAAGCAUAACACUAGCGGUGUUUUCGCUAACGCAACAUUUAGAUAUACCAAGACACUUGUAAUCUAGCCCUAAAUAUCUUCAAGGCUGUGUAGCCUACUGAUGACAUAUUUGCACAAUUAACGCAUUGAACAAACUCAAUUUGGAAGAUCUUUUGGUUAUGUUAUGAUGGUCUUGAGACAGAAUAUAAUUUUCUGAUCAGGCUUACUAUUAGUGUCAAAAUACAAUCUCCUGCCAUGAUCAGAGAUGCCAUUUCAAGAUUGUCAACUGUGUUAUUUGCCAAAGGAUCUUUAAUGAAUAAUCUCCAACUAAAAACUCAGAAUCAAUAAAGAUUUUAAUUUUUUUAAGAAACAAAUUUAUUACUAGAUGCAGUUCAUGUAGCAUUUAACCAGUGCACAUUGGUUUGUAUAAAAUGAAAAGUAAUUCCAUGUCCUAUAGCUGCUUCUGUGUUUGUCACCCUGCUGGUGGGGUGAUAACCCAUUUUCCAUAACUUCAUGCUGGUGUGAGUUGAGUGCCUUGCUUUAGUCAUUAUUAUAGGACCCUGAAAAUGUGAGAUCCUCACAUAUCUCAAAAGGAAAGUGAAACUCUGCCUAUUACAUGGCCCUGGGAAUGUGACAUAUUAGAAAAAGCACAUACAGUAGCCUGUCUCUGCACUCUUACUAAAUAAAGCAAAAAAGCCUACAUUACAAGUAGUGCUCAAAAAUAUUAGCGCUAUUGCUAACACCGCUCAAGUUAAAUAAUAGCGCUCUUGUUCUAGCACUCAUAUUACAAGUUGCCAAGUAGAAAGUUCUCUCUCAAGCAAAAGACUCAGGUGUGCUAAAAUCUGGAGUUUGGCUAGUCCUGUCGUGCUAUCUCCCUUUCCCCAUAAACUUCUAUAGAGUGCGCUACAAAACACUCUUCUGGCUUUUGCUUGCAUGCUAACUCAAAGGUGUACUAGGCCAACUGUGCUUAAAGAGAAAAUAAAGAUUAAAUACAUUUUA